UCACCCAUCUGCUCAAUGCUUCUCUCUGACAUUUUCGGUGAAAAGAAUGCUUCUUUUCUUUUUUACAUACUGUUAAUCCUUAAUUCUGCUCCAUAUAAGUGAACUGCGACCUUGGUGUGUGUGUGUGUCUGUUUUUUUUUUUUUGGGUAGAAAACCUUGGUGUGUUUGAUUGUCUGAAUUAUGUGGAAAAAGGGUUUCCUUGGGUUUUUGAUGGGAUCCUCACUUCCAUUAACUUUUUCCCUCCAGGAGCAGGCGGCUUUUAUGGGAUCCCAGGCGUCAGAUGAUAGACCAGUUACGCUUCUGGACAGUGUGUAACUGUUAGUUAGUUAGUUAGUUGCUCUCAAUGAAGUUGACGUGCUUGAGCAGCGGUAGCGGCUACCAGUUCCCUCCUUGUCACAUCCUAGAAGAUGUGUGUGGGUUUAGGAUAUUGCUGGACUGCCCACUUGACCUUUCUGCUCUCUCAGUCUUUUCCCCAGUUCCUCCUGAUAAUGACUUUGUAUCGGAUGGAAAAGCCUCUUAUAAUUCAGCCCGUGAUUGUUUCGCCAAGGAACAGGAGAUUCAGAAGAGGCAGAAAAUUGAAACACCACUUCAUGCGAAAGACUUAAUUCAUGAUGAACUUUGGUACAAAACAGUAAAGAAUUUGCACCUCUGGGACCCUUCUUCGAUUGAUGUUGUGCUGAUAUCAAGUGUCAUGGGAAUGCUUGGAUUACCAUUUCUUACUCGCGCUGAAGGUUUCUCGGCGAAGAUUUAUGUGACUGAUGCAGCAGCAAGGCUGGCGCGGCUUAUGAUGGAGGAUCUUAUCGCUAUGAAUAUGGAAUAUCAGUACUUUUAUGGUCCCAGGGAGUCUGGUGGUCCUCAUUGGAUGAGGUGGGAAGAGCUUGAGUUGCUCCGGCCUGAAUUGAAGAAGGUAGUGGUUGGCAAGGAUGGGACUGAGCUGGGUGGGUGGUUGCCACUUUACAGUUCAGCAGAUGUGAUGGAUUGUAUGCGGAAGGUCCAAACACUUAAAUAUGCAGAAACAGCAUGUUACAACGGAACCUUGGUCUUACAACCAUUCAGCUCAGGUUCAGAGAUAGGAUCUUGUAAUUGGACAAUUGAUGGUCCCAAAAGAAACAUCACCUGGCUUUCCUGCUCAAUAUUUGCUUCUGCACAUGCGAUGAACUUUGAUUAUGGUGCAUUGAGGGGACGAGAUCUGGUGUUAUAUUCAGAUAAGCAGUUCCUGCCUUUAAUGGACGAAGUUCAAAGCAAUGAUGCUUCUUCAACCAUUCCAUCUAAUGAUUUAUCAAGUCUAAGGUGCUGCAGUGCUGAUAAAGAUGAUUGGAAAAAAUUGACUGAGAGCUUACUGAGUACUGACGAGAUUUUAGAAAAAGAGAAAAUGGAUUUUAUUUGCUCAUGCAUUCUCCAGUCUGUUCAAGCUGGUGGUUCAGUCGUUAUACCUUGCAAUCGCCUUGGAAUUCUUCUGCAGCUAUUGGAAAUGAUACCGGUCCUCCUUGAGUCGUUGGCAGCAGAUAUGUUUUCUGGUGAGCCAAUGUUCUCCCAUGUCGACUUUGUGAAUAAAAGGAAGCUUCAUGUAUUUUCAGCUAUUCACUCACCUGAACUACUAACCACUUGGCAGGAACCCUGCAUCAUAUUUGCUCCACAUUGGAGUUUAAGACUUGGUCCUGUUGUUCAUUUGCUUCGGCGUUGGAGUGGUGAUGAGAACUCUCUACUCAUCUUGGAGGAUGGGGUUGAUCCUGAUAUUGCCCUUCUCCCUUUCAAACCGCUGGAAAUGAAGGUUCUUCAGUGCUCAUUUCUUCCAGAGAGAAGGCUACCAAAAGUUGACUGUAUGCUGAAGUUACUGCAGCCAAAGAUUUUGGUGCUCCCUGACGAUUUGAAGGAGAAACUGGAUUUCUCAAAUCCCAGUUUGGACUCAUUCUCGGUCCUCUACUACACAGAAGGCGAAACAUUAUCUUUACCAAGCUCCCCUGAAGGAACCCUGGACCUGGAAAUUGCAUCUGUUUUGGCCGAGAGAUUUGCUUGGCAAAACUUGGGAAGGCAGGAUGUAAUGUACACACGAUUGGAAGGAGAGCUAGUUAUGGAGCAAGGCAAAUUUCGGUUAUUACCUGGAAAUCACAAGUGCAGAUUCACACCCAUCAAAAAACAAGGAAAUGAAAUCGGAUGCAGGUUAGUCCCAGACAACACAAGGCUCUCGAACCAUUUUCGUCCAAAGGUCAUUCAUGGAUCCAAAGAAUGAAUUUGGCCACUGUGCAUACAGACCUUGAUGCAAGCACUGCAACCAUGCUAAUCUUAAUUGACAUGGAACAAAAUAUUGGAGCAAAUGUAAUAGUGAUAGCAAGUUCCAACUGUCAUCCGUAGGCUUCUAUAUUAUACUCGACUUUGUCAAAAUUUCCAGCCUACCAAACGUGAUGGAGUUGAUAUUGGCUGGCAAGAUGCUUUUCCAGAAACUCUUGUUUUCUUUAUUUCAUUUGUUGACUACUGAGUGACAGACAGAGACAGAGAGAUAUAUACAAUAUAGAUAGAGAGGUAUAUAGCUCACAGAUGGUCUUUCUUUUUCCUUCUUUCUAUUUAACAUAACCGGGCAACUCUGCUCAAACAUUCCUACAAUAUAAUCAUCAACAUCCACCCCACAUAACCAAAAGCCUUCUUCGAUCCCUAGUUGAAAAAAUGGAAACCAGAUUAAACACAAAAAAACACCAAGACCAAA